AUGGCUACCAACGGAUCAUUCGACCAGCCCGCGGUUACAGCAGGCCCUGCUGAUACGAGCGCUUCUGGAAACAACCUUUCCAAGGAUGAGGUUGGCUGGUACUUUGUUGAGCAAUACUACACCACUCUGAGCAAGUCGCCUGAAAAGCUGCAUCUUUUCUACGGUAAACGAUCUCAAUUUGUGUCUGGGCUCGAGGCUGAGGUUGCCAACGUCUCUGUUGGUCGUCAGCCGAUCCAAGAGCGUAUCAAGCAGCUCGACUUCCAAGACUGCAAAGUCCGAGUCUCCAAUGUCGAUUCCCAAGCUUCAUUUGACAACAUUGUCAUCCAAGUCAUCGGCGAAAUCUCAAACAAGUCCGGAGAACCCAAGAAGUUCGUGCAGACUUUCGUUCUCGCCCAGCAACCUUCCGGCUACUUUGUCCUCAAUGACAUCCUGAGGUACAUCAGCGAAGAUGAGGAGGAACAGCCUGCUGCUGAAGCCGAGCUGGAGGCCCCUGCUGCCGAGCCUGAAGUGGCUGCUCCAGAGGUCCCUGCUCCAGUCGAGCCUGAGUCCGUUGAGGAGGAGGCCAAGGUGGAAGCCGUCAAUGCUGACGAGAUCGACCAGAAGCUCCAGGAGGCUUCCAAGGUCAACGGUACUGAUGCUGAGGAACCUGUUGUUGCUGCCGAGGUCGCCGAGGCUGAGCCGGAGAAACCCGCCCCGAUCGAUGCUGAGACUGCCGCCAAGGAGGUCGCCGAAGAAGAGGCUAAGGAGGUUGCUGAACUUCCCAAGGAGCCCAGUCCUACUCCCGCCGCCAAGGCUGCUCCUCAACCGGAGACUGCUCCUGCUAAGCCCGCUGCUCCUGCUAAGCCGAUGACUUGGGCUAGCCGUGCCGCUGCCGCUGCCGGCCCGCGACCUGUUGUCCCUCUGCCCAAGACUGCCACUCCUCCCGCUGCCGAGCAGAACAAGGCUCCUGCUCCCGCAGCUGCCCCUGUGGCUGCCCAACCCGCAGCAGCUGCUGCCCCGGCAGCUACUCCUGCUGCUACCUCUGCUCCCGUUGCUCCCGCCGCUGAGGCUGCUAAGGAGGCUUCUGGGUGGCAGACUGCCGGCGCUGACUCUAAGCGCCAAAACCGACCCCAGUCUAUUUCUGCCAAUGCAGCCGAGAAGGAGGGCACAAUGGGUUAUGUCAAGUACGUCACGGAGAAGGUCCAGGAUGCUGAUCUUCGGAGCGCAUUGGCCGCUUUUGGCGAGUUGACCUACUUCGACAUCAACCGUGCUAAGAACUGUGCCUUUGUGGAGUACAAGACUGUUGAGGGUUAUCAGGCCGCUCUGGCUGGCAAGAACCUCACCGUUAACGGCGAGAACAUUGUUGUCGAGCCACGACGACCCAAGACCGCCGGCUUUGCUGGUGGCCAGAAUGCUAGAGGCAACUUUACCGGCCAGGUUCGCGGACGAGGCGGUGCUGCCCGUGGCCGCGGUGGUGCCCAGGUUGCCAAUGCUUAG